CAGACAGCAAAAGGCUCUACAUCAGCAUAGUGUCAUAGUGUUGGAGAGAUACUGUUCUCCUCCUCCUCUCGCAGCGUUUCUCUCUCUCUCUUUCUCUCCACCUCCCUUCUCUGGCUGUCCUAGGACUACUGCAGCUAACUCUGCAUCACUUUGCAGUUCAGACACUGCUGCCUUUCUGCAGUCCUCUCUCACUCUCUUCUAUUUUCCUCCUUUCUUUGGUCCUUCACAAUCCCCUCCCUCCUUUCCGGUCACUUUCUUUUCUUAUCUGUCGUCCACUCCUUAUUUUAUUUGAUCAAUAUGUACCGGAACCCUUGGAUCUCUAACUACAUCAACCAUGUCAAGUUGUGCCAAGGCUUCACAGGAGAAACAUCUCCUAAAGUUGGCAAUUCCAAACUACAACGGAGAGCUCUUAGUUUCCAGAAAGAGUUCUUGUUUGAAGAGAAAGACGAGGGAACCAACAAAGAAUUACAUGUCAGUCUGCUGGGAAAUACACCCAAGGUCUCAGAAUUAAGGAAACGUUUUGAGAGUAUAAGCUCGAGUCAGAGUUGGGACAUGAACAGGAAAGAGCGAAUUGCAAGACGUCUGGAGGGAAUCGAUAGUGAUGUUCUCCAAAAUCUCCCAGGCUGUGAUGGUCUAGUUACCAAUCGAAUGCUAGAGGAGGACACUCCAAGAUAUACCCGUGCAGCAGACACCUGUGACCCCUGUACAGUUUCUCUUCAGCACUAUGGCAAAAAUGACCCAAACUUCCCAAAUCUGCACAGUGCAGAGGUUCAGUCCAGAACCCACACAGUCCUACCGGACACUGUCUGUAGCACUGGCUCCACUCAUGUGGCAGAGCUGGACUCUAAAGCCGAAAGGAUCGCACGCUACAAGGCAGAACGGCGCCGUCAGCUAGCAGAGCGUUACGGCAUCUCUCUGGAUCAGGAGUUGGAGACCGACUAUACGGCUCGCUUCUCCAAAACCUCCAGAGAGCCCGACGGCUCAGACCGACAACAUAGGUCAAAGGUAGAAGGAGGAGAUGGAGUGGAGCAUAAUGAUUACACCCCCAGCCAUCAUGUAGACAGAGCCAGUUCACACAUUCACAGCGAUCCAGAGUACAUCCGGGAUCGCACAGAGUACAUCUCCGAGCGUGAGAGGAUGAUGAAUCUGGAGAACCAGAAGAGGGCAAAGGAGCGGGAUAGAUUGCAUGGAGGUGGAGGGGUUGCACCUGACCCAUCUGCAUAUAUGGAUGUAUCAGGGUCUGCCAGGGUCCCAGGGAAGGAACCAGGGCCGAUGGGGGUUCCCAGCUCGCCUAAUGCAGGCCGAAGGACCAUGAUGCCAUCUCUGAAGCAGGGAGCAUCUCCUGGUGAUCUGUUUAUUGAGCAGCAGGCUCACAACAUCCUCCAAAGACACGGGUCUCAUCUAAGCCCUGAACCACUGAGCCCUGAAGUAGAGAAGCAGAAAUUUGCUUGUUUGGAUGAGCGAGCAAAGCUGAGUGUAGCCGCCAAGCGCUCUCUUUUCAGGGAGCUUGAAAAGACUUCAGAUGGUUCCAUUUUGAAGGCAUGGAGCCGUAACCCUGCUGUUGAACGCAGGCUGAGGAGAGGUCAGGAUCGCUCCCGCACUCAGCCCGUCACCUCAGAGGAAGUGGUCAUUGCUGCUACCUUGCAGGCUUCAUCUCAGCAGAGCUCUAAGGUGAGGGAGCAGGCCAGAGAGGUUCGGCUGGCUCAGGAGGCAGUGGAGACGGAUCGAGCUCACCAUGCAUCUCCAGGCCAGGAUAGCCUAGAGGAGCCAGAUCUUUCCACACUCAGUCUAGCAGAGAAGAUGGCACUCUUCAACUGCCUGGCACAGCCUUCCAGCCACGGCCCUCGGGCCAGGGGAGACACUCGGUCACGUAGGAGUAAUGCCCGCUACAAGACUCAGCCAAUCACACUAGGAGAGGUUGAACAGCUGCAGCCUGCAGGUGGAGCUCGUUUUGCAUCCACCUCUACCUCGGCCCUGAGAUCCUCAACCGUUUCCACUGAACAUGCUGGUGACAUCCACCUGACCAUGCCCAAUGUAUCUGGCCCUGCCUAUUAUGAGCAGACACUCUCCCCACCUUACCAACCUCAAGCUGCUCAUCAGAGCCCAGAUGUGUUCCCGGAGGCCCAAGGAGAAAAGCAGUUAUUAAGCAUGGGGAAGAGGAAACUCCCCUCUCCAGAGAGCAUGAAACAGACACCACAUGCUCAACCGGCCAGAGACUGGGAGGAGUAUAAAGGGCACAAUGAGGCUCUGGUGACCCCUCAAGACCCUUCAGAAACAGAUGGAGAGCACAAUUCAAAGGCAGCCAUAUCAGAUCUUCCUGUGCACACAGCCACAGUACGUGCAGCAGCAGCUGUAUCGCAGGGCCCAUCCUCUUUACGGAGUGGCUCUCUCGCACCGCACACGUACACAGAGUCUGCCGGACACCUCUCGGAGGAUAACAGGAGAGAAGACGAGCAGGAGACUGACUUUAAAACAGAGGAGGGAGACAAGUUCUCAGACAUCAUGUCUGCCAGACAGAUGUCCAUCAAAGAGAGGCUUGCCCUGUUGAAGAAGAGUGGAGAGGAAGACUGGAGGAACAGGAUAAAUAAAAAACAGGAUGUGGUGAAGGUUGCUGUAUCUGAAAGACACGCCCAGCUAUGGGAAGUGGAGCAGAGCUUCAAGAAGAAGGAUGAUGGGAUGAUGAUUGAUGACUUUGCCGUGUCUGAUCAACUUUGGGAUCCUGUCUUUUCCUCCUCAUUUUCGUGUGCCUCUGAAUCACUGGAUCAAAUAGCAAUCCUCCCCAAGAGGAUGGGAAAUGAGGUAGAAGAGAGUCAGCAGAUUGAGCGAACCGAGAUGUCUAUUCAGGAACGCAAACAGCUCAUCACCGCACAAGAGGAUGCCUGGAAGGUCAAAGGUUACAGAGCAUCCAAUGACUCCACUCAGUUUACAGUGGCUGGACGUAUGGUUAAAAAGGGUCUGGCAGCUCCCUCUGUUCUCACAAAUCCAGUGCUGUCCCCUCUGUCCUCUAAAAACAAGAAUGCCUCCCAUACCAUCUCAAAGCCACAUGAAGAGAUAGAAGUAAGACAGGACAUGAAGCUGGAGUCAGACAAGAAGCUGGAAAAGUUGGAGUCAUUCCUUGGUCGGCUCAACAGUAAAGGUGAGAUUGGAUUGAAGGAGAAGUCCGUUAAAGAGGUCAUGACUGUGGAUGAUGAGAUCUUCAAUAAGUUUUAUAGACACACAGAGGAUAUGGCCAAGAUCACUAGCGGGGUGGAAAUCAAUGACGAUUUUGAUGCCAUUUUUGGAGAGCAGUUGCCCAGGUAAAGCCAAAAGAAAUAUUGUCACAAGCGUGCAGUACGGCCAACCAGAAACGUUCAGUCAUCCAAAAACCCCCUGAAAAUGCUGGCUGUUCGGGAGGACAUCAGACAUGAGUACACAGAACAGAGACUGAAUAUCGGCCUUCUGGAGAGCAAGAGGAUGAAACAAGAAAAGAUGAAUAAGAACAGCGGUUUCUCUGAGGUUGCUCUUGCUGGAUUGGCCAGUAAGGAAAACUUCGGCAGUGUGAGUCUGCGAAGUGUGAAUGCAUCUGAGCAGAGUUCCAACAACAGUGCCAUGCCCUAUAAAAAUCUCAUGCUCAUUCAAGUCAAAGGUCGAAGGCAUGUCCAGACCAGACUGGUUGAGCCCAGAGCUUCCUCCUUGAACAGUGGUGACUGCUUUCUUUUGAUCACACCUCAUUAUUGCUUCAUCUGGAUUGGAGAAUUUGCAAAUGUUAUUGAGAAGGCCAAAGCUGCAGAGUUAGCUACGUUCAUUCAGACCAAGCGUGACCUGGGAUGCAGGGCCUCGUAUGUGCAGACCAUUGAGGAAGGUGCCAACACUCACACUCAUGCUGCCAAAGAAUUUUGGAAGAUUCUUGGUGGCCAAGCCAGUCAUCAAGCCGCUGGCACUCCAGAAGAAGAUGAGUUCUAUGAGAGUGCCGUCGUAGAAACCAACUGUAUCUACAGGCUCAUGGAGGAUAAACUUGUUCCUGAAGAUGACUACUGGGGUCGAGUUCCUCGUUGCUCCAUGCUUAACCCUAAAGAAGUGCUGGUGUUUGAUUUUGGUAGCGAGGUCUACGUAUGGCAUGGUAAGGAGGUGACGCUGGCACAGAGAAAAGUGGCGUUUCAGCUGGCAAAGCACUUGUGGAAUGGCACCUUUGACUACACCAACUGUGAUAUUAAUCCUCUGGACCCUGGAGAGUGCAAUGCACUUAUACCCAGGAAAGGCCAGGGACGACCAGACUGGGCUGUGUUCGGCAGGUUAACUCAGCACAAUGAGACUAUUCUUUUUAAAGAGAAGUUUUUGGACUGGACUGACUCCAAGAAAUCCACUAAGAAGAAUGGUGACUCGAAUGUUGUAGAAAACAAGGAGCAUCGGGGUGGGGAAUGUCGGCCAUACGAUGCGUCAUUGAUGUUGACGACAGUACAGACGCCAGUCAAGACCGUUUUGGAUGGGGUCAAUGUUGGACGAGGUUAUGGUUUGGUGGAAGGUGACGAGGGGCGUAACUUUGAGAUCAGCACGUUAUCUGUUGAAGUCUGGCACAUUCUAGAGUUUGACUACAGUCGUCUGCCCAAACAGAGCAUCGGUCAGUUCCAUGAAGGAGACACAUAUGUGGUAAAAUGGAAGUACAUGAUCAGUACAGCAGUUGGCAAAAGACUGCAUUCAGAACGGAUCAUCGGUCCAGGGAAGGAGAAAUGUUGUUAUUUCUUCUGGCAGGGUCGCAACUCCACUGUGAAUGAAAAGGGAACCUCAGCACUGAUGACUGUAGAGCUGGAUGAGGAGAGGGGUGCUCAGGUCCAGGUACAGCAGGGAAAGGAGCCUCCUUGUUUCUUGCAGUGCUUCAAUGGAGGAAUGAUUGUUCAUGCUGGAAAGAGAGAAGAGGAGGAAGAAAAUGCACAAAAUGACUGGCGCUUAUACUGUGUGAGAGGAGAGAAACCCAUAGAGGGCCAUCUGCUAGAGGUUGUGUGCCACUGCAGCAGCUUACGGUCUCGCACCUCUAUGAUCCUCCUGAACAUCCCAAAAGCAAGCAUGUAUUUGUGGCAUGGCUGCAAAGCACAGAUGCACACACGUGAUGUGGGUCGUACCGCUGCCAACAAAAUUAAAGAGCAGUGUCCUUUGGAGGCGGGGCUGCACAGCAGCAGUAAAGUGUCCAUCCAGGAGUGUGAUGAGGGAGCUGAACCACAGGGCUUCUGGGAGGCUUUGGGAAGAAGAGAUCGAAAGGCGUAUGACUGCAUGCUGCAGGAUCCAGGAAAGUUCAACUUCACUCCCCGGCUGUUCCAGUUAAGCAGCACUUCAGGAGAGUUUGUGGCAGUGGAGUUUGUGUAUCCGUCUAGGGAACCAAAUUUGGUCAACUCGAUGCCUUUCCUACAGGAGGAUUUGUAUACAGCUACUCAGCCAGCUCUGUUUUUGGUGGAUAAUCACCAUGAAGUGUACCUAUGGCAGGGCUGGUGGCCUCAGGACAGUGAGAGCACGGGAUCAGCUCGCAUACGAUGGGACUCUGACAGGAAGUGUUCAAUGGAAACAGUACUACAAUAUAGCAAAGAAAAAAAUGAGAAAAAAACUCCAAAAUCAUACCUGAUCCAUGCAGGACUUGAGCCUCUUACUUUCACUAACAUGUUUCCCAGCUGGGAACACAGAGAGGACAUCACUGAGAUCACAGAGAAGGAGGCGGAAGUAUGUGAUCAGAUCAUUCUGGUUGAAGACGUCUUGACUAGACUCUGCAAGACCACUUACCCACUUGCUGAUCUUCAAGCCCGUCCACUACCAGAAGGAGUUGAUCCUCUACGUCUUGAGAUCUACCUUUCAGAUGAGGACUUUGAGGGUGUAGGGGCUUCUGGGAAGAAAGCAUUGGAAAUGACAAGAAGUGAAUAUGAGGCACUGCCAGGGUGGAAGCAAGUGAAUGUGAAGAAAGCCAAAGGACUGUUUUAAAGGAACUGCUGACUGAGAUUGAAUCUGAAGUGGAGACCUUCUCAUUCCUUUUGAUUCAGACGGGACAAACGCAAGUGAAGAUCUACCUGUGUCAAACCACACAGGGAGGUGAAAAGGAGCUGGAUGAAGGAGAAAAGACACCGAUGGGCAGGGGUUUAGCAGCCUCUUGUAGCACAUUUCUCUCCCAGUUUUUUUAUCAGUGAAUUGGCAAGAUUUGUUUUCUCGUUGAAUGUUUUGAGUGCUUCCCAUUGUUCUGCAUUGCUGUCCACAUAAAGCUAGUCUCCGUCCAACAUGCACAAGGCAGCCCUCAUGCACUGCCCAGCUUUAUAUAAAGACCUAAUAAAUGAAAAAUGCCUUUUAGUUAUUAUCUAAUUGUAAGAAAGCUCAAAAGAGCACUUUAUGUAAGUACGUUCAUACCUACUCUCAUAAAUGGCCUCAAGAUGUGUUUAAACCUUCCAGAUAGAUGCUUGAACUUGAGAAUCCUAUGUGUGUGUGUGCACAUGAGAGAGUGUUUGUGAAUCCAUACAGUGUGUGUGUCUCUUCAGACAGGAUUGAAUGAAACUGUGGAAUAAGAGAAAAACUCUUUCUAUUCUGCAUUGUAUAGUGCCUUGCCUUCAUGUACAGUUUAUAUAAAGACAGAUGCUAGUCUGCAUUUUGAAAACAUAUUUGUGAUAUAAAUAAAUAAACACUGAAUAAUGUAGAUAAUGAAAA